CGGUUUUUGCUGCCCUCUUGUGACCAUACUUUCGCUAGAAACUUGUUGCGAUACUGCACUGGCCUUGGCUAGCUGACGUUAGCUUUUCCAGCAUCAGUCGUAGCGCAGACAAACUCGUGCUCCGUCCACAUACAAAUGACAGGGACACGGAACUUGGAAUUAUGCGCCUAUAUAGUGACUGAUAUUUGGCUGGCUAAUGUUAGUUCUUCCUAUCAGUAUCACCAACACUCUGUGAAACCAUCUUUGAUCUGAAAAGCGCAGCGACUAACUCUGGGCUAUGGAUCCUGGACGACAGAAGCGGAGAGAGGAGAUCCAGAAAGCAAUGAGCUUUAUCCAGUCAUCAUUGCCUUUCCCAGAGCCUGAGAGUUAUGAGGCAUUUCUGACCCAGUUAGUGUGUAACUUGCUGGACGAGGGCAAUGCUUGCUUUCGAGAUGGGGACUGGUGCCAGGCAACCCAGCAGUAUGGGGAGGGGAUCAGCGUUGCCCGCUAUGCUCAGGCUGAGGCCCUCGUCAUCCCUUAUGAGCUGCUGGAGAGUCUCUACGUCAACAGGGCUGCUGGCUACUAUCAGAUGAGGGAGUAUGAGCGUGGUGUUCAGGAUUGCGAUAGUGCACUGUGUGUGUCAGAAGGCAGUCGCAGGGCUUUGUAUCGGAAAGCGCUCUGUCUGAGGGAGUUGGGACGACUCAGAGAGGCCUAUGAGUGUGGAACCAAGUGUCUCCUCACAGCACCACACGACCGUCAGGUGAGCGACCUGGCGCAGGAUCUUGCCAAUAAACUGGGUUUAAAGGGCCGUAAGGCUUAUGUAAGCUCUCAGACAGAGUGCACAGCCACAGAGGGGGAGAGUCAUGGGGAGACUUCUCCACCCACAGGAGAAAUGUCAUCCAAUGGACUGGAAUCUCUGGGUGAUAUUGGACCAGGNNNCCUGUCUAGUGCACAGUGCAUCCCUGCUCCGUUGGCCACACCCAUCCCAGUUAGCGAUGAACCGGCAACCCCUGUAGUGACCCCAUGCACUGACCUGUCGGAGAGCCCAAGCAGCCAGGCAUUGCCUCCCAUGCCCUACUCUGUUCCGGUGUCUGAGCACAUGGAUGAUUGCAGCAGUGUUGUCAUCAAGGACGAGCUAGACAGUCUUCUGGAAUGCAUCCCCAAGAAAGUUAGUGAGGUCGGUGUGAAACAGACACAGAUGACAAGAAAUUAACUAAAUCCAGUCCAGGGUGCUAUCCCCACCAACCUUCCCAACACGGCAGUUGGUCUCCGGCCUCCUUACUCGCCUAAUCUUCCAGCUCCGUCAUCUCAGCUUCCCCCAGCCUUCUUCAGCUCCUCCCUUAAUGAUUUGCCCCCCCUGGAGCCUUACCCUCCAUUGGCCCAGCGGGACCAGGGCUCCACCCAGGCGCAGGACGUACUGGGGGGCUUCUCCACGGGGGCGACAGAUGGAGAAGGGAAGGCAGGAGUCGCUGCUGGUGGGCUAGACUCGUUGUCUGAAUACACCCUCCCUGGUGAGCUAAAAUCCAUCACAUCUUCUUAUACUUUUCUUCAGAACGGUCCAGCAGGAACCAACUUGUCUCUGCUCUCCAGGAAUCCUCUGGCGGCCACACAUGAGUUUCGGCAGGCCUGUCAUGCCUGUUACAGUCGAAUAGGUCCUCGAGUGAUGGACUACAAGUACCAGCCAGAGGCAGCACAUCGCUGCAAGAGAGAUGUGCUGCUAUGUCGCCUCAAAAACACAGAUGACCCCACCUGGAAGAGGAUCCGGCCUCGGCCUGCACGGAACAACUUCCUGGGGGCAUUUGUACUCUGUAAAGAGGUACAAGAGCGUCAGGAGUGCCAGUAUGGGGAGAACUGUACGUUUGCUUACUGCCAGGAGGAGAUUGAUGUGUGGACCCAAGAGAGGAAGGGUGCGCUGAGCCGAGAGCUGCUGUUUGAUCCACUGGGCAGCACAGAGAGACGGGCACUCAGCGUCACCAGACUGCUACAGCUCCAUAUGGGCAUGUUUAUGUUCCUCUGUGAGGAAUGUUUUGACAGUAAGCCUCGCAUCAUCAGCAAACGCAGCAAAGAAAAUUUAGCAGUCUGCUCAAACCUCACAGCUCGACACCCGUUCGAUGAUAACAAGUGCCUGGUACAUGUGGUGAGGUCAGCCAACGUGCGCUACAGUAAGGUGCGUCCCUUGCACCCCCUCUGUCAGUUUGAUGUGUGUCGUCACGAGGUUCGCUACGGCUGCCAGCGUGAGGACAGCUGCUCUUUCGCACACUCUGUUAUUGAGCUCAAAUGCUGGGUCCUACAGCAGGACACCGGUAUCACCCAUGAGGAGAUGGUGCAGGAGUCCAAAAGGCACUGGCAAAGGCUGGAGCAGAAUGCGCAGAAGCAGCAGAAGCCGAUCCAUAUCCCUCAUCCGAGCAGCAGUUUACCUGCAGGAGGAGUAGGGGGGAUGGCAGGUGGGGGCGGAGGAGUCGGGGUAGAUGGCCUAGGUGGUGGCAGUGUGAGCCCAGUGGGAGGAUUGGGAGCAGUAGCGGGAAGGGGACGACCUUUUAACCUGAAAAUGAAGUUUGUGUGUGGCCAGUGCUGGAGAGAAGGACAGGUCAACGAGCCCGACAAAAACCUCAAGUACUGCACUGCCAAAGCACGGCACAGCUGGACGAAGGAGCGUCGAGUUCUCUUGGUGAAGUCUUUCGAGAAGAAGAAGUGGGUUGUAGUUCGCCCUCUGCCCUUCUCCCGCACCUAUCCACAGCAAUAUGAUAUGUGUGUGCAUGUGAUGAAGCAGAAG